CUUUAGCCUGUCGCCUGGUCUUUGGGACAGCCUCUCAUUCAACAUCGCCAUAGCCCUCACCAACUGGGAAACUAACUCAACUGCAACCUCUCCAACCAAAUAACGCUCAACGUUAGAUUACUGCCAACUGACAUGGAAACCCAGAAAAGACACGAACACCACUCAGUUUGCCACACCUGCCGGAGAACGGAAAACACAAGAAUGAAGGUAAUCUAUGGAUACCCCACACUUCUUGCUCUUCUGCUUGUUUUGUGCUCGUAAAACAAGCCAUUUUUCUACAUUGAAAAGACAUGCGUAAUCGAAUACGCCGGCUAGGACAACCUCUCCGGGCUUUUACGCAAGCUUGUUUUUUUGUGUGUUUGCGCAUUUUGGUGAGAAGGGACAAUUUGAGAACACGGUGAAAUAUAAAUAACUUGACGCGGUGAGAAUUUUUAAGGUGCAGAAAUUGAGAUGGGUUGAUUCUUGCAUUUAGCUACUUUUCAGUCGGCAACAAUAGCUUAACUUUUAAGAUCCUUACUCCGGGCACUGUUCUGACGAAACAUGAUCCUCUCCACUCGCGUCUUGUUCGUGCGUCCCUUUGCUGAACUCGGGACAAACAGGAGAUACCUCAAAGACCGCUAGGGGGCGAGUCCUGAGGGUCAUAGAGCUCAGUCUGACCGUUAUCAGAGGGUGAGCUAGGGGAAAUAUAUGCUGAGUAUGGGGAUUGAGAUAGUUGCCAAUUGAAUAGCCUGUCUUGCAACUUGUUGAGCUCGUUGUGUAAGAGUGCAGCAGAGAUAUGGUAUCUUAUCCCUCAGAAUAAGCAACUAUUCGAGGUGCAAUAGGGCGAUAACUGAUCACUGUGUAAGAUACAGCUGAAAUGCAAAAUUGCACAGAAUAAAAAAAUGUCGUUGCGCCAGCUGACUUUUAACUGUAAAAAAAUCACUUUUGAUUUACGAAUCAUAUUGGAUACAUUUCAUGACGCCGUAGAUUAUUUGUGAGGGUCGUUUAUGCAAGAUAUUGAUUAGAAGCCUGUUAUCUGACUUUUGGGCUUUGAUUCUGAAAUGUAUCGAUAUUUAAGCCGGUAACCUACAUUUCCGAACAGUGGCUAUGGAAGGCACCAACAAUUAGCCUACCAGUUUAUAUUGUAUGCAGUGAAUGUUUGAUUUUAGAUGUGUUAUGUUCUCUCCUCAGGUCAAGAUGAUCUCUUCGUCAAGUCGAGUGCUGGUCAUUGCGCUGGCACUGACUCUGUACAUCGUUGAAGUGGCCUCGGCAGAAACGCUAUGUGGAGGAGAACUGGUGGACGCGCUGCAGUUCGUCUGUGAAGAUAGAGGAUUCUAUUUCAGUAGGUUUCACUAAUACCCAUUGUAACUUUUGUUUAAUAAUGUUUUCCCUUUUCAUUUCUGCUGGCUUUCCAACUAAAUGGACUGUCUCCCGCUCUCGUGUUCCUGUGCGCGAGUGCAUCUUUGUGUCUGUCACUGUGUGUGGCAUGCGCGUGUUCGCUCUCUUUCUUCCUCACACACACACAACCAGCUGUGCUUCGCUGUGAUGUGUCUGAAGACGAAAGCCUUUGCGAUACUACUGAGUGGACGCAUUCUGUCGCUGUAGCCUACCUCAGAUUGCAUAUGAAAGGGCUGCGAGCAGGGAAAGCACACACGACUCAAUGCGACACAAUGGGCCACUUGUUUACCACGCAUUCCGUGGGGGAAAGUAAUAGCACCCAAGAGGCAUACCAGUCACCUCACCACGAAUGUUCCCAGGCUAUAGGCAACCACACUGCGUUUGAUCUAGAUUUGAAGGAUUCAAUUAUUUCGGUUGAGGGAGGAUUAAUACUGUUCUAUUAUUAAAAGGCUAGUUAUUGCUCUUAUAGUAAACUUAAUCUAGACUAUAGCAUAUAGUAAAAGCUAUGUGAUUGUUAUUAUUAGCUGAUCUAAAAUGCAUUUGAACAAUAACUUGUACAUGCAGUUAUCAGUAUGUAGAACUGAGAUGGUGCCUCUCCUGUCCUCUCUUCCCCUGUCAUUUCCUCUCCCCCUGACACAGACAGCAAAAACAAAAGGUGGACAACUUAACUUUUAAAAUAUGUGUCAUCUCCCACCCACUGGCAUUGACAAACAAUCUUUGUGCUGCUGCUUGCCAAGAGAGGUCAUUAUCCAAUUUGGGCCAACAUAGAUGGGCUCCUCCCCCUCCUCCCUCUGGUUCACCCUUUCUUUUUCUCUCGUGUUCCUCUCUUCCUGCAAUGAAGUACUGGCUUGGCCUCUCCUGAGGUUUCUCCAACAUUGUGUAGGGGGUGAAGAAGGACUUCAAACAAGGCCGUUAUUGAUGAGCUUGGAUAGUACUCCCCUGUGCUACGUCUUACUUAACCCUCCACCUCGCUCUCUCUCUUCUCAUACCCUCUCUUUUUGUCUCUCUUUUCUCAUACCUUUCUCCCUCACGUCUUCUCUUUCGCCCGUUUCCUUUCUGCCUCCCUUGCAUAAGCUACCUCUUUGUUGGGACUCACACUCUCUUUCUCUAUAAGUGCAUUUCUCUCUCUUUCUUCCACUCUUCUUCUGUUCCUCUCCCUCUAUCUCUAUCAGCGCCCCUCCUUCCCAUCUCAUGUCUUUCCCCAGCCUUUUAGAUGUACUUUAUGUGCACCCCCCCCCCCCCCCCCCCCCUUUAUCUCUGCUGAGUUGGCAAGGGAUAAGAUCAAAGGAGAGUGUCCAUGUUGUGCCUUUACUCACCCAAAGAGUGAGGGUUUCAGAUAUAUGUGUCUCUUUGUCUGUAUUUGGCUAUGUGUGUCUCUAAUCUCGGUUUCUCUUUUCUUGUCUGUGUGUCUCUAGUUUCUGUGCUUGGCUGUGCUUGGUUAUGUGUCUCUGUGCUUGGCUGUGUUGUGUCUGCAUUCUCCAGUGUGUGAGGAGUAUUUACUGCUGUAUUUACCCUCUAAAGGAAUUCUGGAUGGCUUAAUUAAAUACCCUAACAAGAUGACUACAUCCAAAAACAAACAAACACACCAACAAACAAACAACAACUUUUGUCAGAGUUGGCCUCAGAUAGCCUUUUAUCCUGUGUUUGGUCAAAGUGAAGUGGGCCAAUUGUAUUUGUCAAUUGGGGGAAAACAUUAUGGAUUUGGCCAAACUGCCAAUGCUGCUACCUUGAUUCACUUUCAUUGUGAUUUAAUUGCUUUAAGUCGUGUGUCUCUCCUCUCCAAAUGAUCUCUCUCUCCCUUCCUCUCUCUCACUCUGCAGGUAGGCCAACCAGCAGGUCUAACAGCAGACGCUCCCAGAACCGUGGGAUCGUGGAGGAGUGUUGUUUCCGUAGCUGUGACCUCAACCUGUUGGAGCAGUACUGUGCCAAACCUGCCAAGUCAGAGAGGGACGUGUCGGCCACCUCUCUACAGGUCAUACCCAUGGUGCCCACACUCAAACAGGUACGACCUGUUGGGAAAACCAGGAAACCAGCCCUACCUGUCCUCCUCUGUCCUUGACCUCCUCCUCUGUCCCCACAUCUCACCUGUCUCCGUUCCACCACGUGCUGAACCCGUAUGCCCCCGUCUGUGGGAGUGGCGAUAAAACCGUUUGAGGGUUGUGUUAUCUCGCGAAAAUGGUCAGUGGUAAGCAAGUAUCUCCUUCCGAGACUGCUGACCGAGGUGGAAAACACCAGGUCCUGAGAGUACAUUUGGGUAGAGGGGAGAAGGGUCAACUGCAGGUUGGUCACAGCUGGUGAGAAAGUGGGCAGAUUAGAAAGUGUUAUUGUGACACGUUACACCUGCCUGUUAGGGUCAGAUCUAUUCAGCCUCCUUCAAAACGACCCAAACAAAGAACAUCAAGUUCCUUCUUUCAACAUUUACAGUGCGCCUCAAUUAGUCAUGGAACACUAGAUGCUCCAAAACGUGCAUACAUUUGGCACCCUUCGCCGAAACAGCAAUAGCUAUCUAGCCCUGAGAAACACCAAUGUGAAUCAAGUCAAAAGAGUGCGUACAAAAACUUCAAAAGAAGCUGCAGGCUUUUUAACUCUGUCAACAACAACCUCAACUGUGGGCAGCAUUCCAAAACUCUUAAAUGUCUUCCUCUUCUCAUCUCCUGUUCUUUACAACUACCCCUCAGGGCUGGAUAGAUAGAUAUCCCUCCGUUUUAACUUUCAACUGCCAUUUAAUGUCAACAUCAGUUGGUUGUGAAAGAAUAAGGUGAUAGGACUAUUUAGGACCGCUAAUGACUGUUUAAGACUGCUUAGGUCUAUUAAGGACAUUUUAGUGACUUUCUUUAGGACUAUUUAAGACUCUUUAGGUAUGUUAAAGACUAAUGGUACAUGUCUACUACUGUGAGUGAGAGGGGGAUAUGUUGGGACACAUCCCCAGUCGUGCCUUGCAGCAGACUGGGGACUGCUCUCUCUCGCCCAGCUGUUUCCAGGCUGGGGAGUGAAUGAGGGAGAUAAACUGCAAUUGUUGUGUGUGUGUGUGUGUCUAGAGAGAAGGAGAGAUACUUUCACACGGAAUACUCUCAAAGUGGUAUGACCCAAACAAGCCAUUCAGGAGGAGUACUAGUUUCGCCCCCACCCAUUCUCUAUGUCUCUGUCUCUCUCACAUGCAUACACACACAUGCACAAACAACCCCCCUCCCCCUCUGCAUGGGGUUUUCUCAGUCUCACUGUUUUAAGGAAUUGGCCAGGGAUAGUGUUUUUUCACUGGAAUGUGUUUACUGCAGAGAUAGGUGUGUGUGUGUGUGUGUGUUGGGGGGAGGGGUCAUUUAGUGAACAAUGAAAGUCUGGUCUCUUGUAUGCAUUGAGAUAGUCUCCCGCAUUCCCUCAGACAUUAUGAUGAGGGGGCGGAGCCUAGCUCUUGUUGACAACUUUCUUUAGGGGUUGUCGGGGAAAAUAGCCGUUGUAAUCAGAAUCAGCAGCGACCUUCAAGUGUAUGGUGAGCUCCGAAUGUACUGACACAUCUUUUAACUUUUAACUUUCUCUCUCUUUUUCCCAACUCCACAGGAUGUCCCAAGAAAACAUGUGACUGUGAAGUAUUCCAAAUAUGAGAUGUGGCAGAAGAAGGCUGCUCAGCGGCUCCGGAGGGGCGUCCCGGCCAUCCUCAGGGCCCGGAAGUUCCGGAGGCAGGCGGUGAAGAUCAAGGCCCAAGAGCAGGCGAUGUUCCACCGGCCUCUGAUCACCCUGCCCAGCAAGCUUCCCCCAGUCCUGCCCCCCACGGAAAACUACGUCAGCCACAAUUGAGCCUCCCCACCAGCACCGCAAACCCCCCAUCGAAAGCCCUUUGCACAGACAACGAGUUUGGAGGGAGAUGAAGAAAAAAAAAAGACUAGGGGAUUAUAGCUUUGUCUCUGACGUCAUUUCUGUGGCAAGUCCUCAUUUGACCUCUUCCCCCACCCAGCCCACCCCCAAGUCCCGUCCGAGCCCACCAACCAAC